UUGCUUAGGCCUAAGUUUGCCUCAUUUAAGGUAGCUGACGAACUCUUGAAAGAUGCAUCUGAACUGCGACGUCCAUCGGCAAGUCUCGACUCGAAUUGUCGCACUUCUAGUGCCACUCAGCAGGGAAACAAUGAAGAGCAACCACUCACUCUUCUCAAAUCAGUGCCGGAUGUGAGGAAAUUUCGUCCGUUCACGAUGAAUUUGAUGACGGACGUGUCGAUUUUGUUCGCCGAUAUUGCUGGCUUUACGAAAAUGUCGUCGAACAAAUCCGCCGACGAACUAGUGAACCUACUGAACGAUCUCUUUGGCAGAUUCGAUUAUCUCUGUCGAGUGGGUGGCUUGGAGAAGAUCAGUACUCUCGGUGAGAUUCAGUUUUCUUAG